AUGGUGCGGGAUGCCGACGACGACGACGCCCUGAUUCGAAAGCUCGCGGCUCGUCUCAAGCACAACGAGGAAGAAGUGGAGCGAGCGUAUAGCAGAGCAUCUCGGAAUGUUCGCACAGUCUUGCGACGACAGGAACUCAAUACCAUCCGUCCGACGACGGAUCGCCCAGUAUGCAGGUUCCUCGGCGAAGAACAACUCGUCAAGGUCCUCGGCACCUUGCCAUUGGAAGUUGCGCUUCUCGCCCUGGCCCGCGUAUACGAUGAGUGCCACGUGACCCUGUGUAAGGCGCUCCAAGCGGCACGAAAGGGCCAGCCUCACCAUGAAGCCUUUACCCACGAUCCCUGCGUCGAUCUUCAACUGCUGACUGAUCAACUGGGCCGGCACCAGGAGGUGGUGGAAGACCAGAUACUCCUCGUAGCAAUCACUGAUGACCAUACUCCGCUCAGAGCUGCAUGGAAGCCUCUGCCGCCCAUGUCUUUUGACCAUCUUCCCCGACUCUCGUCGCUUUCUCAGGUCCUGCCGGGAGAACAAUCGCCCUGUCAUGAAUAUGCUGGCAUUGGAGGGGGAGGAGGAUCAGACAUCAUUAGUGCCAGUCUCUUAGGUCAUUUGCUGCAACGGCAUCGCAAGCAGAUGGACCUCCUGAUAUCGACCCGCACCUGGGCGACCGGAUCACAAGGGAAAAAGGGUUCCAAGAUGGGGAUCAAGCGUGAAAUCUACAAUCAUGAUGGACCAGCCCGUGAGGCGCACGGGCAAGCGGUUGCUGGGACCUUUCGGGUGAAAGAAGGGACCUCCGCCGAAGGCCGCGACCUAGAAACCAUUCCACUCCCACAUCAUUCACAAAUAUUCAUCGUGUUGGACCAAGGCGAGUCCACAUCGGAGAUUCCUGAGAACGACAAAGCCGACUUACGAGACCAAUUUCGCGCCGUGCUUGCUCAGGCAAAACCGCCCAUCGAUACCGUUCUCAUUGUCGACACCGGGGGGGAUGUAUUUGGUGCCGACGAAACCGGCGGAACCACCCCCGAUCAGGAUUUCCGAGUUCAGAGAGCCAUCAGGACCUUGUCAUCCUCCUAUAAUCUCGUCACCGCGGUGGUGUCCCCAGGAGUCGAUGCGCCCGAUGAUGCGCCGCAAAAGGCCCUGAAAGCAGGCGGCAUGGUAUACAAGCCGACAGAAGCCGAGAAAGCAAUGCUUCUUAAUCUCUUGGCCAGUGAGUAUAAGAUGGAUGGUUCAGACCCAAGUAGAUUUGGCAAGACCAUAUUGGCCUUGCAGGCACGACUCCGGGGGGUGGUCGGGUGGACCUCGUUGGAUCUUCCUACGUAUGUUGUUGAUACAUGGGACAAUCCAUGGAAUAGCUUCGUGUACAUCCGAGACUGUAUGAGCGAUAUCAUCUUGAUGCCUACAAUCAAAUUGCUGCCUUUGAUUGAGCCCUCCUCAAAAGGCCGGUGA